AUGUCGAAUACUGAGGUCAAUUCUCAGCCCUCAUCCAAUGAGUACCCCAUAAGUCCCGAAAAACUCGUUUCGAUAAUCGAGAAAAACCUUACAGAUGUGAGUGCAGAUAGCGAGAUCACCGAAUGUACCGAGAAAAUCCUCGCCGAGCUCAGAAAAGCAUCCUCGGUGCAUAAAUUUGUGAUCUCAGCAACGAAAAUUGACGCUGUGAAGGGCUCGAACUUCGAUCUCGGCAUCGACUCGUACGUGGGCGGAGUGUGGAAUACGGCCACGGACGGUGCAUUUACGCAUGCCUUUGAGCCAAGUCCGGGCUUGAAAUAUCUCUUGACAAUCGUUUGGCUGUCCAAAUAG